ACCAUUUAAUUCCAAUUAAAGCUCACAAUCCUCCUAUAAACCCUCCCUUCCAUUCUCUCUCUCUCUCUUUCUGUAAAGAAGAAAAAAAACAUCAAACAAAAGGAAAUUUCUCUCCUUUGUUUUCCAUCAUUUUUUAUCAAUCCAAACACAAAAGGAAUUAUACAUCAUCUCACCAGGCGCUUCACAACUCCACAAGAUUACAAUAACAACAGCAAGGCAAUUUAAAACACCAUGGGGUUCUUAUCCCUCUUCCUCCUCGCAUCAAUGCCGAUUGCACAGGUCCUGCUCAUAGGCCUUCUCGGUGCCUACCUCGCAAGCGGAUAUAGCAACAUACUCACGUCGAGUGCCCGAGAAGACAUAAACAAGGUAGUGUACACCGUCUUCACACCAACUCUAAUGUUUGCAAGCCUUUCGCAGACUGUAACACUCAGAGACAUCAUCUCCUGGUGGUUUAUGCCCGUUAAUGUAGGGCUUAUAUUCUUAAUCGGCUCGAUGCUAGGACAGAUAGUUGUGCGGUUACUGAAGAUAGAAACUCAUCUUCAAGGACUAGUAAUUGCGGCUUGUUCUGCUGGAAACCUCGGCAAUCUUCUCUUGAUAAUAAUCCCGGCUAUCUGCAGCGAGGCCGGAAGUCCAUUUGGGGACCAAUCGGUCUGCAGCGCCAAUGGACUCUCUUAUGUAUCGUUCUCAAUGGCGCUUGGUGGUUUGUAUAUGUGGACUUACACUUAUGGCAUUAUGAAGAAAGCACGCCGAUUGCAACUGAAGCUUCAAACAGACAACAAUGGCGGAGAUAACGCGGAUAACAUUGAUGAGGCUGCAGUUCUUACCUCAACAAGACCAAUAGAAGAGUCAACAGAAAGUGAACUUGUAUGUUGUUCUUUUAGACUCAAUCUGAAACCACCUUAUUUCUUUGUUCAUCAGAUACUAGGGUUUAUCUUUGGGACAGUGCCUUGGCUAAGGUCUCUGGUGGUUGGAGAAGAGGCACCUCUUAGGGUUGUUCAAGACUCCAUUAAACUACUAGGAAAUGGGACAAUACCCUGCAUUACUCUCAUUCUAGGAGGAAAUCUAUCUAAAGGGUUGCGAAAAUCUACCUUGAAGCCACUGAUGAUCAUCGCAGUCAUCUGUGUUCGCUACAUGGUUCUCCCGGUCAUCGGUAUCGGUGUAGUAAAACUCGCCAAUGAGCUUGGUUAUUUGCCAGAGGAUCCACUGUACCAUUUUGUCCUGAUGAUACAGUUCACUAUGCCCCCUGCCAUGAAUAUCAGUACAAUGGCACAACUACUUCACUCUGGCCAAGAUGAGUGUUCAGUGGUGUUGCUAUGGAGUUACCUAGUGGCUGCUCUUGCGCUGACUGUCUGGUCGAUGAUCUUCAUGUGGAUCCUGUCAUAGAGAAUCAGAAUGUACUAACUAUAUUCACAAAUAGCUUCAUU